CUGUGCUCCGGUACAACGAUGCCGUCGGCGUGCCUUUCCUCCUCGUCGCGGUGACCGCGUUCCGUGCGUACAGCGCUGCUGCCUGCCUGGGAGCCGCUCGCUCGCUCGCCACGUCGAGCGCUGGUGGACCGUCGUGCGGGACGGAGUAGCAGCAGCAGCAGCAGCGAAGUCGGUUCUUCAAGCGGCCGCCGUCAUCUGGCUGGCCCGGGAAGAGCGCGCGCGCGUCGUCUGCGAGCAAGCGAGCGGCGCGGCGCUCCGCAUGCAUGGACCGCGCCGGGGCCGUGACGUAUGAGGAGGACCCGUACCUGCCCGACUGCAAGGGCGGCGAGGAAGAGUCACCCGCGUACGACUCGGGUCAGGACCUCGGACAGGUGGGCGCGACUGACCCUACGCUCGACGACGAAGGGCGCAGUCUCCUCAGACUGGCAGCCGGCGAGGAGCUUGAGGAGUUGCACCACGAGAACUUCUUUGAUGCGAGUGCUGACGUGAAAACAACCGACGCAACUCCAGACAGUGGAGUGCAUGACCUGUCGGGAAUGGACCCUGAAGAAAAGGCUCGCCAAGAGGCUGUGCUGAGGGAUGAGCUGGCACAGGUGGAGGAAGAGAUCCAGUCCCUGAGGACUGUGCUGGCAACCAAGGUGGCCAGGUCUCAGGAGCUGAAGCGCCAGCUGGGCAUCAGUGUCUGGAAGGAGCUCAAGGAUGACAUGGAGCAGGGUAUCAAGAACAUCCAGGACACUGCGGCGUUUAAAGAUGUCAGUGGGAAAUUGGUCGAAUGGAAUGCUGCUAUCGCAAGUGCUCCCAUUCAAAAUUUCCCGGGCCUCUUUAACUCUACCACUUAUCAGAAGACCAGCGCUACUAUCAAGACAGCCGGAGAGAAGACUACCACAGCUCUUGGAAGCCUCGGUGCCAGUGUCUCCAAGAAGCUGGGGGAGAUGAAGAACUCCACCACUUUCAAGUCAGUUGAGGAGAAAGUUGGUUCGGUCUACACCAACGUGAAGUCCAAGGUGUCGUCACGAAGCAGCAGUGUCAACAGCUUUGAAGACGCACUCAACAGCCAUGCAAGCAAUACUUCUGUCUCAGCAACACCUGCAACGAGCCCCAUUUCCGAGGAAAAGAAGCCGCUGUCCUAAAAGCGGCUGGGUAAUAAUUGUUCGGGGUGAACUUUGGCUUUCCCCAAUUUUUUCCCUCUUAAAAUCUCUUCCCAAUGUGGACGGCCCUGCUUGCAGUCCCUAUUCUUGGUCUACAAAGUGAACAGUGUAUUAAAACAAAAAUGGCUUAGAGAAAGCAUCCAAACCCCGUCGAAUGUUUGCAGCAACAGUUGUAAGUGGCAGAGGUGCAGCUCUCGGUGCACAAGUGGCUGUUGUUGUAUGUCCUGAACAGCAACGGCGAAUAGCAGCUAUGCAUCCGGAGAACAACACAUCUGCCUGUCUGCUUCUGGAGUAAAGCGUCUAAAGCUGUAAAACAGCGAGUUUGAAAUAUUCCCUGGCAUUCAUUUAGGCGUUGUCACCCCAUGGAAAAGAAAUGGCUGCAAUGUAAUAAACUCAACUCUGGCACCACAUGCCUUAGCGUUUGGGGCCCGUGUCCUUGCUUGUCCUGCAAUCUAUAUAUAUACAUAUAUAUAUAUUUACAUAUAUUUUUAUGUGCACAGAGUGAUUGAAGAGAGUGGAUGGCAGAUGAAAGAUUUGGAAAAAGAUGAAGACGUUCCGACUGUGUACCUUUUCUGUCUCCUAGUUGCAUGUGUACGUUUUGUUUCUCCUCGUGCGUAGUAAACCCGUGAUUGAUGACGUGCACACUUGUUGUGUUUGCCGUAUUUGCCAUGUGCGUAAUGCACCAGUCUAGGUGUACGUCUUAACCGGUGCAUGACCAUUCCCGGUUAUACGAUAGCUACACUUAUCUGCAGUGAGCUGAUGCAGAGAUGCUAGCAUGAAGUUCCUGGAAUUGUAGCUCAGUGUUAAAGGCCAAUUUGCAACAGAAUUUUGAACUGCAUGAAAAAGUCUAGUUUCGGACAGUGUAUCAAUAAAGCAGCCUCUAUGCAAAAUGCCAUGUUAGAAAUUAAGCAUGCAAAAAUAGACUUUCUUGAAGGGAAAUAAUAAAAAAAAGCAAUACUCGCCAAAAGUGAUGCAUGAUGCAAAGCGUUCAGAACCAGGGCAGCUGCCUGCAGUGUGGUGAAAAAUUUUGGAGGCAACAUGUUGAAAUUUACAUUGUAUCUACUAAUCACCAGGUGCAAUUGUCUGCUUAGGUGCUAUUUAAAGGCUGCUGAUAAUAAAAUCUGAUGAUCACCAGCCCUGCAGCUUUGCCAAGAUCUCUUCGAUAGCUUGUGCUGCUAAUUUCGAACAAGCGUACUCAAUGUGAUUUUUCAUUUUAAUAGGGCUUAGUGGAACCUACACAGUGGCUUGGCAAUGAGGCUGCCACUAGUCAUUACCUUGAACACAGCUUCACAUCAAUUUUUACUAAAAGUCGGCUCAGCACUGUAAUCCUUAAACUAUGUGAAAUAUCAAGCAGAUUUUUUUUUUCACUUGGUUGAAGGCUUGCUUGAAAAUGUACUUGUGGCUGCCUUUAUAAUGUGUAUUCGUUUUUUACCUAUUUGCAUUGUGAUAUGUCAUACAGCAAACAUGUUUUCAGUGUUUUACAAUGCAACUUCCUGCAAUACUUUUAGAGCAAUGAGUAAAUGACAGUGCUUUGCAUAGAAAACUUGCUAAAUUUCAGUAAUGUUUGAAUGUAGCAGUGACAAUUAGUAAAAUGCUUUCGCCAAAUUUGUACCUCGAGGAACUUUGGAAAUAUGUAAAUAAUGAAGUUAUACUCCACUGUGUGACAAAUUUGUGAUGAUCAGUUAACUUCAGAAAUUUGAUAAUGCUAUCCAGAGGUGGUGCGAGUUAAUACAGAAGAGAUUGACAAAAAAUAUCUGAGUUUUUGAGCUGUACUUGUUUUCAGAUUUUCACUGCAGACUUUCAUUUUCAAAGAUGAGGUUCAUUGCUAUUAGAGUGCAUGACAUUUAAUUACAAAAGAAUGCCAGGAACUUCUGGGUAGCAUCUCUUAAUAUAGCAAUGAUAUUGAUUAUCAGCAGCUUUGUGUUGCAUUCUGGAGCAUAUUUCACUACUGAAGUGAGUGAAUCUCCUUUCAGGUACACAGGCAAGAAUGUGUGCACAAUAGGUGGGGCACUUUAAUAUCGAACACCUCCUGCAUGGCAAUCAUUGUGACCGUGAAACUUGUGGUCAAUUCACAUUACGCUCCUGAAGCCCUUAUUGAAAAGUUCUUUUUUAUGCAACAUUUGACGUGCUGAAAAACAGUACACACUAUUUCGCUGGUUCCUCUAUUUUUCUUAUUUGUAACUGCAAGUUCAGCGAUACGUCCUCAAAUUACUUCUUAUUAGAGUCAUAUUUUGGGAACUCUUUACAGGUUCUGUAUUGUUAUUUGAGUUAUUUUUCUCCCUGUGGCUGACUUUUGAAAUAUUGUGUAUGUUAAGACCUAAGUGUCCUGUACUUAAGUUUUGUGAAUCUGUCCUGUUAGAAAUACAAGCUGUAAAUGAACCUACGUUCCUUUAGAAGGUUUCUUUGUCACUGAUUAAUUUCUGAAGUAAGAUUGGAAAUAGGGAAGGGUUGGGGGAUGGGGAGUGCACGUAUGGACCGUGGAACUUGUCUGGUGCUGUUAGGCAUGUUGUUCCAGUGUAUCAUAAAGAUGAAGAUGACAGCAUUAGUGACUCAUUGGAUUUAUGUUUGGAAUCGCUCUGUAAAAAAUGAUAAUAAAACUUCUUUGGUGUAUCCCUA